UCGUUCUUCUCUAUCUAUCUACUCCUCUAUCAUUUAUAUCUGCCAAUUAUUAUUCCUUUUUCUUUUUAUCAAUUAUCAUAUUUCUUUCAUCAAUUUUGGUUGGUACAAUGCUUGCUUAUUAUCUCAUCACUAAUUCUCAUCUAACAGUCAAAAUUCGAAAGUAAGCUCCAAAGAACCCAACUUUUGCAACACUAAAUAAUACCCACCAAAAACUAACCGAAUACACCUCGUAUUGUUCUUGUAUCUAGAUGCUGUAUAGUCUUUUGUAGUACUUAUAGAUAAGGUUUUGCUUUUCCUUUGAAUUUGAUUAUUUGUUUCAACUAAUCCUUUGUGUAUGCAAAACUUGAGCUCUUGAUCUUCACUGUUUAACUUCCUAGGUACCCUAGAGCUGUGUGAUAAACCCUUUUGUAUGCUAGUGAAAAAUGCUUUUCAUUUCAACAUUUUGGUGUUUUGUCUGUUUGACUGGAAGUUAGGAUUUAAUUCCCUCAAACUUCGGUUUUUUUUUUUUUUUUUCUGUUAAACUCCAAAGUUUUCCUGUUGUAUUUCGUUAGUACUCUUCAGGAUUGCGUUACCAGUCCGGAGAUUCCAUUGCUAUAUAUCUAUCCUUUUAUUACCAACUGAAAGCUUGGAAUGGUUAUAGAGUUCUUUUGAAUCUCCUCAACCAUGUGUUUUCAUAUUAUCUCGAAUCCGAUCUUUGGUUACUUACUUUAACAAUCGAUUGUCUAUUGAACAUGGUUAUAAUUUUAUUUUGAAUUUUGAAGGCCUAAUAUUCUCCCCAAUCAAUUUCACAAUCGUCAUUACAGCUUUUCUUGGAAUAUUCAUUCUACCUUCACAAGCCCAUCAUUCAUUGAUGUAUUCCGUUUUUCUCCAUCUGUAUAUUCCAAUUCGAGGUAUGUUUCUUAAUGUAUACAUGUGAACAUGCGUGAAUCAUAGGCCUCUAUGUCAAUCCUCUGCGGCCUUCCAAUUCUUGAAUGUGUGUACUGUCUAGCAUGUGCUCGUUGGGUAUGGAAAAAGUGCCUGUAUAAUGCUGGCCAUGAAAGUGAGAACUGGGGCCUAGCCACAGCUGAAGAAUUUGAGCCUGUUCCCCACCUUUGCCGCUUGAUUCUGGCUGUUUACGAGGAUGAUCUUCGAAACCCACUUUGGGCACCCCCUGGAGGUUAUGGCAUCAAUCCUGCUUCAGUCAUUUUGAGGAAAAAUUAUGAAGAAACCGGGGGAUGUUCUACUCCUUACAUGAUUUACCUUGAUCAUGAAAAUUCUGAUAUAGUGUUGGCUAUUAGGGGGCUUAAUUUGGCAAAGGAAAGUGAUUAUGCAGUUUUGCUUGAUAAUAAAUUGGGACAGACUAAGUUUGAUGGUGGUUAUGUACACAAUGGACUACUGAAGGCUGCAAAAUGGGUUUUUAAUACAGAGUGCAAGGUUUUGAGGAAUUUGGUUGAUAUGAAUCCAGAUUAUAAAUUGACCUUUGCCGGACAUUCUUUAGGGGCAGGAGUGGUAGCAUUAAUGACAAUGUAUGCAAUUCAGAAUCAGGAUAAAUUGGGGAACAUUGAGAGAAAGAGGAUCAGAUGCUUUGCUGUGGCUCCUGCUAGGUGCAUGUCACUGAAUUUGGCUGUGAGAUAUGCUGAUGUUAUCAAUUCAGUUGUGCUACAGGAUGAUUUCUUACCUCGGACAACCACUGCUUUGGAAGAUGUUUUUAAAUCACUUUUCUGUUUGCCUUGUCUGCUAUGCCUAAUGUGCUUGAAGGACACUUGCACUCUUGAAGAGAGGAUGCUCAGAGACCCCAGACGGCUUUAUGCACCUGGCCGACUAUACCAUAUUGUUGAGAGAAAGCCCUUCAGGAUAGGUAGAUUUCCUCCAGUUGUAAGAACAGCAGUACCUGUGGAUGGUAGGUUUGAGCACAUAGUUCUUUCAUGCAAUGCAACAUCUGACCAUGCCAUUGUCUGGAUAGAGAGGGAAUGUCAAAUGGCUUUUGAUUUGAUGCUGGAAAAAGACCAUAUUAUGGGCAUUCCGAUAGAGCAGCGGAUGGAACGGGAAGAGUCCAUCGCACGAGAACACAGUGAAGAGUAUGAGGCAGCUCUUCAAAGGGCUAUUGCUUUAGACAUUCCACAAGCCUACCCAUCUUCUCCAUAUGGAACUUUUCAUGAAAUGGCAGAAGGGGAGACUUCUGGCAGCUCGAGGGGAGGAAUUUCAUUAUUGUCAUUUAGGAAAUUAAAAGAACAUUGGGAUGACUUUAUAGACCGGCUCUUUGAGGUGGAUGAGUCUGGUCGCAUGGUGUUCAAGAAGCAAGUCUCAUGAACCCUGAAAACAUUUCAUUGUGCCAUAAAGCUGAAUAAAAUCAGAUUUAAGGGGACAUUAACCAAAGUCUAAAGGGAGAAGGAAAAUUGUUUGGAUCAAAGAAAGUGAUUCCAAGAAAAGAGUACCAAUAUAAAGGCUAUUCAAGUUGAGCACAUCCAAGAAACUAGAAACUCUUGCUCUCAUUGACGAUCUUAAGUUUCUGAAUUAUACAUAAACAAGAAUAUCAAGAAACUUACAUCUAGUAGCCUAUCUGCUGUGAGUAUGUGAUUUCGUCUACAAUGGUGUAGCUUAAAAUUAAACCAAUGGGAGACUGCAGGAUUGUUGUCUCGAUUCUGGCCAUUUCAGGAUUGCAUUGAAUCGAGCUGCAUUAAGUACUGCUACUAAUGAACAACAUCCCACCCCCCAGGUAUUGUGUGGGGAACAGCAAUGCACAAUUUGAAUGGGCUCCUUGUUGCUAUACCUGGAGCUCAAGAACUGCUUUCCCUCCGGUGAAAAUACAACACAUCAAUCAGUGUGACCCGAAACGAAAAUCUUAGAGAUCGAUCAUGCGUGCCAUUUUGAAGGUUUUCUCCCUUAGGUGGUGAUGCCUGAAUCAGAAGCUAUCGAUCACCAACGUCAAGGCUUCUGAACCAAAAUAAGUGAUCAAGGUCCCUUGCAUGGAUCUCUUAACCGAAUGAUUCAUUCAACUCAAUUCAAGUACUUAAAGGCUUGUUAGAUACAAAACGACAAUGCUCCGAAGCCAGCGACAAGUCGUAUCGUUCCCAGUUAGUUAGUUAACCAGUCAUUGUGUAUUUAAUGCUACUCGUUUACUUCAUUCAUUUUGUCUAUUUUCCUUUAGCUUUUUUAUUGUCCCCUGAUCUAAUGUUAAUAUCGUCUAUGUAAUUGGAAGUGUCCCAAUGUCUUUUGCCUAUUCUGGGGGCAUCAUCUUCUACAGUUCUAUAUAUAUAUAUAUGAAGUGAAAUCAAACAAUAUUAAUA